AUGAAGGCAGCCAUAUCACCGCUUUUCAUCAUUUUACUAAUUAUAAUGAUGUGUAGUUGCGGCAUUAUUUCCGCUCUUGACCUUGCCAGAACAAAUGCAGCGGAACGUCGCCCACGUGUUGAUUUGAAAAUAUCCGAACGAGACCAACAUAACUCAAUUGAGAAGUACAACAAGCACAUUCGCCAAUCUCGAAGAUUACGUAACGAUGAUAUUGACGGCAUUGAUCAAGGAAGCAGGGUCUCUCCUCCAAUAUUUACUUCGAUCACUACUUGGGGAUGUGGUGUCGACGAGAUUGUUUGUCCAUCGACCGGUGAAUGUAUACCUAGCUAUUAUUUGUGUGACGAAGUGCCAGAUUGCCCAGAUGCGUUUGACGAAUCAGACUCUUUGUGCGACUAUACCGUGUGCGGACUUGAUAUGAUCAAAUGUCCAGCUGAUGGAGAAUGUCUAAUUUCGUUUGAAAUGUGCAAUGGAUACGAAAUGGACUGCAGUGACAACUUUGAUGAAUCGACAGCUAUCUGUGGAGUUGAAUGUGGACGUGGAGAAUACCAGUGUUCAGAUGGAAGAUGCUUGCCAACUUAUUGGGUGUGCGAUGGGUAUGAUGACUGUGACGACAGUGGUGACGAAGCGCCCUCUAUAUGUGCAGGUUGCAGUGUAGGAUUCUUGAAAUGCUCCGAUGGAACGUGCAUAUCAACUGAUAAAGCGUGUGAUGGAAUACCAAAUGACUGUUCUGGCAAUUAUGAUGACUCGCUAGAAUUGUGUAGGAAUGGUCAUACUGGAUGCACACAAUUUGCAUGUUCAACUGGUGAAUGCAUUUGUCAAAUGCAUCUUUGUGAUGGAAUCGCAGAUUGUGUCAGUGGUGAAGACGAGACAAACUGUCCUUGUACUCUGGCUGAAUUUACCUGUACUGAUGGUAGCUGUAUUCCUUUAUCCUACAAAUGUGACGGAAUAGCAGACUGUUCUGAUGCGGGUGAUGAAAGCACACUGAUAUGUAAUCUGACCCCCUGCACACAGCUGCAAUAUGAAUGCUCUACUUGUGAAUGUAUUUCUACAGAUCAGCUAUGUGAUGGUAUUAGUGAUUGUCCUAGUGGUGAAGAUGAGACAAACUGUGGUUGUACAUGGGCUGAAUUUACCUGUACUGAUGGUAGUGUAUUCCUUUGUCUUACGAAUGUGACAGAAUAG